AUCUCAGAAUCACAAAAGGGUCGAGUGUUUGAACGGCGGGCAGUGGACGAUCACAGCCGCGUGCCAUUCUGAACGCCGUCGUAACGCAAGCCUUGUGAGGACCCCUUUUAGCGUUGGAGCUGUGCGGUCGCAGUCGGACAGUGCUUCGGAACGAGACGGGGCGCUCGGAUAAUGAAGAGCAAAGGUGUAUAAAAGGAGUCUCCGUUCGAUCAACGGCCAAAACACAUUCUACUCAUUGUCUGCAAACAUACCAUGCUACGGACCGCAUGCACCUCUGCCUUGAGGGCCCCGUCGCACCGUAUCGUGCUCACGCCGCAUGUUGCGACUCGGCUGCUCGUUGCCACCUACCCUCGUGCUUUCUCGACAGAUACCGCGCUCCGAAACUCCUUAUCCGCAAAGCCGGCGGAUGCGAAAGCCGUGCAGGGCACGGAGGGUUUGCACAGAAAGGAUUUGGUGCCAGAGCAGCGCAAGGCCGAGGAGAAGGUGUUGACCACCACAGACGUUGCGACUGAGCAGCCUCCAAUUCACGGAGACUGGGUGCUCUUCCACCCUGUGUAUUCCGAUGGCGAGCUGAAAGCUGUCAAGGUCAUUCAUCGUGAACCGACUACUCUUCCAGACAAGAUCGCGCGGACCCUCGUGACAACCACCAGGAGGUGCUUCGACUGGGUCUCUGGCUACAAGGAGAAGAGUGAACCUCCCGCAUUGAACCUGUCGCUUGAGGAAUUGCGAAAACAGGGCUAUGCUAUGACAGACCACCAAUGGCUGCAGCGUAUCCUAUUCCUGGAAACUAUUGCCGGUGUUCCCGGCAUGGUUGCUGCGGUCCUUCGCCACCUUCGAAGUCUUCGUCUCAUGAGACGUGAUGCCGGCUGGAUCCACACAUUGCUUGAGGAGGCCGAAAACGAGCGAAUGCAUCUCAUGACGUUCAUGACUAUCCGGAAGCCAUCGAUCUUCUUCCGUGCGCUGGUGCUUGGCGCACAGGGCGUCUUCUACAACGCCUUUUUCUUGUCGUAUCUCAUUUCACCACGGAUUUGCCACCGAUUCGUCGCAUACCUCGAGGAGGAGGCUGUACACACAUACACGCGUUGCAUUGCUGACCUCGAGAACGGCCGAAUUCCUGAGUGGGAAAAUUUCCCUGCCCCCGAGAUUGCGAAGGACUAUUGGCGGCUAAGACCUGAUGCCAAGAUGGUCGACGUCCUGUACGCCGUUCGGAGCGACGAGAGCACCCACCGGUUCGUCAACCAUAGCUUGGCAAACCUUGAUUACAAGUCGGAUAUCAACCCAUUCGCGUUCCGUGAGCCCGACAUGCACGUGAAGGGUACCAAGCUUGGCUUCGAAAGAGAGGAAGCCGAGGAGUAUGUCCAGGAGUCGCACAAGAUGUUGGGAAGGCAUUAAAUCUCCACCCUCUUCUUGGAUCUCCAUCGGACAGUAUCAUCCAUACCUUACGAUCCGACCCAGCUCAGCAGGCCUCGCUUAAUAUCUAUAGAUGGUCCGGUUUCGUUGUAUUAUACACUAUCUCCGAUCCCUCCCUACUCAUUUACAAAAUGUGCUCUAACGUACAAACGCGAUAAAGACGCAGCGUUCGGAUUUGAAUGCUGAGUUUUCACACGAGUGCGGCACCCGAACCUUAUGGCGCUUGUUAACGUCGAGCCUGAUGCGCCCUCCCGCCAUCACAUGGAACUUGUGGCUAAGGUGCCCCGAACCGCAAUAUUCGUCGACCGGGGCUACCUUAAUCUCGUCCGCCACUCCAACAGACACCUCCCUCUCAACGCCGUCCUCGGCUCCGUUGCGAGCCAUCUCGCCCGCGUCCAGUCGUCUGCUACACCGCUUGCCGCGAUCGCCGUAAACAGCCCGCUCUUCCAUGCAUCUUCGUACUCGGACUUAGAUGGGCUCUUCACUGCCUUCCGUCAUGCUGUGCACCUUAAAGUUUAUGUAGUCGAUGGCGAGCCCUCAGGGUCGUUCUCAAGAGGCUUAAUGACUCACGUCGCGAGAUGGGUCGCCGAUGGGGCUCGCAAGGCGAACAUUUUGUCCUGAGGCUUGUGUACUACGCGGGUCCGCUUCAUAGAAUGGCCGGCAAAGACGCUGAUCCUAAGCUGAAGCAAAGCCCCCCGAGAUGUGGAGAGGCGGCUCGUCGUCGCGCUGGCCGAGGUUCACGUUGUUGAGUACGCCUCUUCGUCCUCUGAGUUAUGGGAAACAUAGCUUAGGUCAAAAGUGCGGCGAGAACGAGGUGAGUGUGCGCAAAGUAAUCCCAUAUAU